UUUAAUUCCCUCUCCUAUUGAUUGUCCGGAAUGAGUAUUCAGAAAUCACUUUACAAGGUCGCUAUGGUGGGAAGUGGGGAUGUGGGCAAGUCGGCCCUAACGCUACAGUUCAUGUACAACGAAUAUGAAGAGGAGUACGAGCCCACCAAGGCGGAUAUCUACGGGAAGACCAUUCAGCUGGAUGGUGAGGAAGUACAAAUCGAUAUUCUGGACACGGCCAGCCAGGAGGUCUGUGCCGUGAUCAGAGAUAGCUAUUAUCGCCGUUCCGAUGGUUUCCUGUGUGUCUUCUCGGUCACAAAUGAGAAAAGCUUUCAGGCUACCCAUGAAAUCAGAGAACUCGUAUUGCUGCUGAAAAACAAUGAGAGAGUGCCAUUUCUGCUGGUUGGCAACAAAUGCGAUUUGAAGGAGAAGCGCAAGGUGCCGCUGAGCGAGUGCCAGGCGACUGCUCAAAAGUGGGGCGUCCCCUAUGUGGAGACUUCGGCCAAGUUAUACCAGAAUGUGGAUCGAAUAUUUUUGGAUUUGAUGCGCCAAAUAAGAUCCAGAAGAGCAGUGGACUCGAAUGAGCCAAACGAAAGAAGGAAAGCCAUGAAAAAGGGCUGGCAUAAGUGUGCCAUUCUUUAGGGAUUGAAUAGAAGAUAGUUUGCAGUGGCUGCCGGAAGUCUUUAUGUAUCUGGAG